AUGUACAAGUUGGCGCGCGCCGGUAGGCCCAUGGCCAGUGCCCUCAAGGGUGCUCCUCUGCGGACUUCGGUCGUCCAGCAGACCCGCAACCUCUCCAUACACGAGUACCGUUCUGCGGCCCUGCUCGAGACCUAUGGCAUCGGCGUCCCCAAGGGCAACGUCGCGCAGACGGCGCAGGAGGCCGAGACCGUUGCUAAGAACAUCACGGGCGACGACAUGGUCAUCAAGGCCCAGGUGCUUGCCGGCGGCAGAGGAAAGGGCACCUUCGACAAUGGCUUCAAGGGCGGUGUCCGGGUUAUCUACUCACCCACCGAGGCUCGCAUCCUUGCGGAGCAGAUGAUCGGCCACAAGCUCAUCACCAAGCAGACGGGCGCCCAGGGCCGUCUCUGCAAUGCCGUCUACAUUGUCGAGCGCAAGUUCGCUCGCCGCGAGUUCUACCUCGCUAUUCUGAUGGACCGCGCCUCGCAGGGCCCCGUCAUCGUUGCUUCGUCCCAGGGUGGCAUGGACAUCGAGACCGUGGCCAAGGAGCACCCCGAGGCCAUCAUCACCACCAAGGUUGACAUCCACAAGGGCGUCACCGACGACGUUGCCCGUGACAUUGCCGUCCAGCUCGGCUUCUCCGAGCAGUGCGUUGAGGAUGCCAAGGACACCAUCCAGAAGCUGUACAAGGUCUUCAUGGAGAAGGAUGCCACCCAGAUCGAGAUCAACCCUCUGUCCGAGACCACCGACCACCAGGUCCUCGCCAUGGACGCCAAGCUGAACUUCGACGACAACGCCGAUUUCCGCCAGGAGGAGGUCUUCUCGUGGCGCGACGUCACCCAGGAGGACCCCGACGAGGUCAAGGCCGCCAAGUCCAACCUCAACUUCAUCAAGCUCGACGGCGACAUCGGCUGCCUGGUCAACGGCGCCGGUCUCGCCAUGGCCACCAUGGACAUCAUCAAGCUCAACGGCGGCCAGCCCGCCAACUUCCUCGACGUCGGCGGCGGCGCCACGCCCGAGGCCAUCAAGCAGGCCUUCGAGCUCAUCACCUCGGACCCCAAGGUCACGGCCAUCUUCGUCAACAUCUUCGGCGGCAUCGUCCGCUGCGACGCCAUCGCCAAGGGCCUGAUUCAGGUCGUGCAGAGCAUGAACCUGCGCAUCCCCAUCAUCGCCCGGUUACAGGGCACCAACAUGGAGGCCGCCCACAAGCUGAUCAACGAGUCGGGCAUGAAGAUCUUCUCCAUCGACGACCUGCAGAACGCCGCCGAGAAGUCGGUCCAGUUCUCAAAGGUCGUCAAGAUGGCCCGCGACAUCGACGUCGGCGUCGAGUUCACCCUCGGCAUCUGA